AUGUUUCGUCUAGCAAGCCGUCGCAUUGGUUUGAACACCAUUGGCAAACGAUGCCGCUUUAACCUGACGUCGACGAAGGCAGGUAUCAGAUCAUCAGUAUCUCCAGCGUUGGCGUUCGCUGCUGGGGCCGGGAUCGUCGCUGCUGCGGCCUACUUUGCGACUCCAUCCAAAUCGAUUGCACCGGUGGACACCCGGUCGACACUUCCCUUGGACCUGUGUCCUAGCCCCGUAUAUGCCACCAAAGCGGAGGUCGAUCAGGCCAUUGAAGAAAUCAAAAAUAUGUUCAUUCACGACACUCCCAUCAAAGUUAUCGAUAUGCUGUUGGUGGUGAACAACACCCAGGAAGAGUUGGAUAGCCACAGUGACACGUACUUCAAUUCUCAUCACGCCGCUCCUGAUGAAAGACCUUACUACGUUGUGUACCCCCGACUGACCGAGGAGACUCUGGCAGUGAUGAAAAUUUGCCACAAAUAUAAAGUCCCCGUAGUGCCCACCUCGGGACGGCUGUCACUUGAAGGUCAUUUCAUUCCCACUCGUGGUGGUAUUUCCCUUGAUUUAUCCACUAUGGAUGAAGUCAUCCAAUUGAACAAGACUGAUUUGGACGUCACCGUACAAGCGGGGAUGGGUUGGGAAACGCUUGCUGACUACUUGGAAGAAUAUAACUUGUUCUACUCAAUUGACCCUGGUCCCGGUGCUACUGUUCUGGGCUGCCUAGCCAAUAAUGCUUCCGGGACUAAUGCCCUGCGUUACGGUGAAGCAUACAAAAAUGUGAUUAAUCUUACCGUGGUGUUAGCUGAUGGUACCGUCGUCAAGACUAAACAGCGGCCUCGUAAGCUGAGUGCUGGCUACAACUUGAACAAUUUGUUUGUGGGCAGUGAAGGGACUCUUGGUAUUAUUACUGAAGCCACCGUUAAGUUGCACGUCAAGCCGGCAAUUGAGCUGGUGGUGGUCGUGCCUUUCCCUCUGAUUAAAGAUUGUGCUAACGCUGUGAACGAGAUCGUUUUGUCUGGGAUUCAAUUGAACGCUAUCGAAAUGUUGGAUGAUAAGAUGAUGCAUGUUAUCAAUGCUCUGGGCGAAACCCUGCGUAAGUGGGCCGAGCACCCCACAUUAUUCCUUAAGAUUGGCGGACCUAACCAUCCUGCUGUGGACGCUAUCACCGACCAAGUUCAACAGAUUACUAAAAACAACCACAGCUUCGACUUUGAAUACGCUAAGCUGGCGCAGGAAAAGACUGAAUUAUGGCUGGCCCGUAAGGUGGCAUUGUGGUCAACUAUCAACCAGGGUAAAGAAAUCGAUCCGGACAUGCAAUUGUGGACUACCGAUGCUGCCGUCCCCAUUUCUAAAUUACCAGAAUUUUUGACCGAGACUAAAGCGGACAUCGAUGCACAUGGGCUUAGUAACACCCUUGUGGCUCACAUCGGUGACGGUAAUGCUCACUCAUUUAUCAUUUUCACCCCCGACCAGCGUGAAGUGGCCGAGAAAGUGGUGAAUCGCAUGGUGAAGCGGGCAAUCGAUAUGGAAGGUACCUGCACUGGCGAGCAUGGCGUUGGGUUUGGGAAGCGCGACUAUUUGUUAGAGGAAGUUGGUGAAAACCUGGUGGAUGUCAUGAGAAAGGUCAAAUUCGCCUUAGACCCAUUGCGGAUUUUGAAUCCCGAUAAGGUCUUCAAGUCAGACCCCAACGAACGCCCACAAUACCAUGGGGGCUUAGUUGACACCACCAAGCGCGCUUAA